CUCAUACUGAACACAUACAAACGACAAAUUUACUUUUCCUAAGAAGGUGUUUAUUUUUCACCCGACGGAACCUCGCUAUAUAUGUAGGUAGGUGUGUUUGUGUGUGUUAGGCAUGGUACCUAUACGUGUACCCACUGACUAGAGCUCACGUCACACUCCACUGACUGCAUUAAUACGCAGGCUUAAAAUAGUUUUGUUCGACGGAACCGGUUCUGAAAGGACGUCUACACACAAGGCAUUUGCCUGUUUAUUGACUCGUCACAGUGUUAACAUAGGAUUGCCGUGUACGUGAAAUUGUGUGUGUGUUUUUGUGUUCAAUACCUGCGCUGAGAGCCCGGAUCUCGACAGUUUGACAAACGUUGGUCCUUGUUUACCACCAUCACUGACCGGUGACAAGUCCGCUAAAUUUUCGGACGACAUUUUCUCAGUGUAUGGAGUAGUUUUCGUGUCAGAUUGUCAGCGGCUGUGGUAUCGACAGUGAACCAUACCUGAGAGCGACCUACCUCGUUAUACCACACCUGUAUUCCUUACCUGGGACUAACAUGGCGACAGCUCAGUGACUUGUGGAUAUUCAUACUGAAGCUGAACAUUCGGUGAUGUGUAAUUGGGACUUAAUUGUGCUUUAAAAUCGUUUUCCGGACAUCUAAACAUUCAAAAUGGUGGUACAACCACAGCCCCAGCUACUGGUAAGGAGACGUGUGCUGUAUAUAGGGAGUUCUGUACCCUUGGAGACCCAGGAAGGGAUCGAGGCUAUUCAACAGCCCCUAAGAGACCGGUACACCUGCGCUACCGGGGACGAGUCAAAGGUAGAGGGUAUAGACUCCUAUUUGAGUAUCCUGUCUACUGGUAUUCAACUACAGUACGUUGAUGAUGGUAAUCUUAUCAUUUUCUUCCCCAUCACAUCCUUGACAUUAUGCGCCGCUGUAAGGCAGGUGAAAAAAAUUAACGCCGGUACUGGCGAGGUACAGUCCCAGUUUCUUUCCCUUUCCAACCCUUUAACAAAACCCAGCAUCGACUGUAAAAGCCCCGCCAUUUUUUCUACAAUUACACGUCGCACUAAGGGGAGGAAGAUUCUGGAGUGUCAUGGUUUCCUGUGUGCCUCCGACCAGGAUGCGAUGGACCUUGUUCGAGCAACAUCUGUUGUGGACCGGAAGUCGAGAGGUCUGCCACCAUUGGCACCCCAACCUGUACCCGCUGAACCCCCACACGCGUUUAGGGGUACCUCAUUCAGGAGUUCUGGACCCCCACCAACGUUCAGAACAGCAAACGGUACCAUGGACGGACGCGGAACUGCUAGAACCACUAAUGGCACCACAAACGGAACCACUAACGGUCACGCCACCACAAAUGGUAUACGUCUGACGCCAGGUGUCGUAAACAAACCUCGUGAUGCCCCACCUGAAUUCUACGAGCCUCCUCCCACUCAGGGAUAUUUUUACAGCAGCGACAAGGCAGAGGCUAAGACUUUCAACAUAGAGAAGAAUGGUGAUGAUGAGACCCCAUCUCCGCCGAUGUCCGAUCGUGCGCCAACCGUGACCAAUGUGCCCCCUUUUACACAACCCGCACAGUCACCAGGACUGGGGCCCGCUCCAAAACCGAUAUAUAUGAUGGCGGGUCAACCCCCACCGGCGGCACCGACAACCGUGCCCCCACCCCCAACACAGCCGGCGCCAGUCCCCCCGCAAGCCAGACAGCAAAUCCCACAGCCCGCUCCACAGCCUAUGCCAGGCAUGAGGAGACCGGUCUACAUGCACCCGGGGGUCCCACCUCCUAUGCAGCAUCCCUACUUGAGACACCGAUUUUUCUCUCCCCCUCCCCGGCUUAGACCGGUCCCGGGUCCCUUUAUGAUGCGUCCUCCUCCACCGGGUAUGGCGCCUCCUCCUCCACCGGGUAUGUCGCCCUAUCCUCCACACAUGAUGCCACCCCGUCCUGUGUAUGUACGGCGCCCACGCAAACCAAGGUCACUGUCAUCGAGUUCAGGGUCAAAUUCCCGCUCACCAAGUCCCCAAAAAGGAGAUCCCAAUUUAAGGAAUGGUGGAGAUUACGGAAGUGAGAGCUCUAUCUCUAACUAUCGACCGCGCACCCCUCCACGUGACUACGACAAUGCUCGCCCGCGCAUGAGCAGACGAGAAGAGUACGAGAGAAAAAGGGAUAGAAGCCGGUACGGCAGAGUGCCGCCAGACAACAACCCAGCUUAUUACGUUUACAACUACCCAGGGUACCAGCCGUUCCCCAUGCGAUCAUCUUCAGUGCCCCCUCAUCUCCGUUACGUUAACACUACUGGCAAGAAGAGCAAAAAGAGUAAGAAGAACAAAAAGGCUAAGAAAAACAAGAAGGGGCCGGAAAGCCAUUUUUCUGCGCAGAGUUACGGGUACGCCUCUGAAAUACCCCGCGGUAACACUUAUCCCGGUUGGGAAGGGUUCGAUAAUCCCGAACCUGUUCGUAAACCAAGAGACUUUAGACGAGAGGAAAAUCAAUUCAUGAAUGAAAAGAACUUCUCUAAGAGUAUAAAGGAAGAAACGAGACGAUCCGAUGUCCAUGACUAUCCUACGGCGUAUGAUUUGAAUGAACCUGCUCCCCGUCCCCCAACAGUACAUGACGAUAGCAAGGAGGACGAUAUCGGCGACUUCACGAUGUACUAGAUCAAGUAUUGCCUUACUGGUGAAUACCGAGCUUACGGCAGUGUGCAACAAUAUCGGUGCGUCUUGUUAUAUAUAAUGAUAAUACCAACAUGUCGUGGAUUCUUAUUUACGAAAUAAUAGGAACUAUUUGUGAUUUCGGAUUAUUGAAUUCUAAACAACGUGCAGUGGUAUAGAAAGCUAUACGAUACAUUCGGAUAUAUGAAAUUCAAAAUCUGGAUUAAAAGGAUUUGUGUUUUGUAUAUAAAUAUUAUUAAUCCUAAAAUGGACAUAAAGAAGAGGAACAGUUUAAUUGUACAAAAUAGUGCUUUAUUCUGUGACAGCCUCGGCUGUAAAACGCGAGGGAUUUAUUGAAGAUGCCGAGACAACCCAUGGUUUUAGUGAGUUAGACAUGUACUUUCUAGAGAAGUUCCGAGGUUUCUCUGACUCCAAAUAGUUCAAUUUUGCUGUUCACGUGAGGAAUAUGGUCAUAGAAACUCGGAUUUCCCCCCGAGCAUUCCUUAACUCAAAAUCUCCUGAUUUUAUGGUUUACGCGAGUAAAGGGGGUCAGAGAAAACUCGGAUUGUUCCCCGAGUGUUGUUUGACCUUUUUACCAGGUCAAGGUCAUUUUGUCCGGUGCUAGGGCCAGAUGACUGGUAUUAUGAUACACUUGUUAUCGUAAUACUCAAAGUUCGUUCUAGAGUACUGUAUCGGUUCGUAUUUACUUUAGAAUAUUCCAUGAUAUAUAUAUAUCUGUUAAUUAAAUAUUCUUAUGGUAUAUUUUGUUGUUAACUGGGGAAGGUACCAAAUAUUU